UUUUGUUCUCACAUUCUUCUGCCCGUGGAACAACGUGCACAAAUUCUAUUUAGGUAGUAAUAAUUAAAUUAACAUUUAAAUAAAUAAAAUGCCGUCGAAAGUCAAGCCGAGGCUUUCGCGUGGUGUCCUGGACAUGAAAUUCAUGCAACGCACCAAAGUGAAGGUUGACAAAGAAGAUGACGACGAGCAGAGUCGGGCACUGUACUCGAACGAAAUUAACGCGAAAAUGUUGAACUCCAAUUCCAACUUCAUCAUCGAGCCCAGCUAUACCAUUUGCGCUGGUCUAAUCGACGGUCGUCUCAGUUUUCGUGGCAUGAAUCCAGACCUUGAGGUGCUAAUGGAACAGGAGCUGGCCCAAAAGCUGGCUAAAGUGAAACCCGAACAGCCCAAGGAGGUGUCCGACCAGGAUAUGGCCAAAGCGUACUACACCAACAAGGCGCCCAGUGUCGCCAAUAACAUGUCCAAGAAGUUUAGCACAAAGAACGACCUCAAGCGGAAGCAAGGCUACCAAAAACAACAGAAGCCACAGUUCAAGAGACCUCGCGACGAAGACGACGAUUAGGCGCAGCCUUAGUUUAAUCAUUGGUUCAAACUUCUUAGUUGUAACAUAGUGACUUAGUCUAGUUAUCUAAAAUAUACGAAUUCAAUCCGAUUCCUUCACUGCCUGCAGGGCGUAACACA